GCGGGGGGGCGGAUGUUGGGGUUUGAAUCGGCCGUCGGUUGGCGCGCGGUGCUGCGGCCCGGCUCGGUUUGGUCGGGUCCGAGCGCCAGAAGAACUCAGGAUGAGCAAAACAAAUCAUUUUGAUGUUCAAAGCACAAAAAUCUGUGUUCUCUGUGGACGGCCAGAUGACUGCACUGAAAAGUAUGGAGAAAAAAGGACCUAUGUGGAGUACAAUCUCACUGUUCAUUAUUACUGUUUGUUAAUGUCAAGUGGCAUUUGGCAGAGGGGUGAAGAAGAUGAAGGUGUAGAUGGAUUUUUGAUCACAGAUAUUAGAAAAGAAGUAAAAAGAGCUGCAAAACUGAAAUGUAAUAUCUGUAAGAAAAAGGGAGCUUCAAUUGGGUGUGUAGCUCCUAAAUGCAAACGAAGUUACCAUUUUCCUUGUGGGAUUCAAAGGGAAUGCAUUUUCCAGUUUAUGGAAGACUUCAGAUCUUACUGUUGGGAACAUAGACCAGUCCAAGAGUUUAUGGAUAAAGAACCUAGAGGAGCUUCACAGUGCACAAUAUGCCUGGAUUUGGUUGAACAUCUUCCAGUGUACACUGUAUUGAAAAGUCCUUGCUGCAAAAAUGCUUGGUUUCAUCGAGAAUGCUUGCAGUAUCAAGCUUUGAGUGCUGGGAUAUUUUUCUUUAGGUGCACAGUAUGUAAUAACAAGGACAAAUUUCAAAACGAAAUGUUGAGAAUGGGCAUACACAUUCCAGAAAGGGAUGCAUCUUGGGAACUUGAAGAAAAUGCAUAUCAAGACUUACUGCAUUGUUAUCAACACUGUGAUGUUAAAAGGUGUCUCUGCAAGAAAGGAAGAGACUAUAAUGAACCUGAUAGUAAAUGGGAAAUUCAGCGUUGCCAGUACUGCGGUUCUCGUGGAACUCAUUUGGCCUGUUCAUCUCUGAAGUCGUGGGAGCAAAACUGGGAGUGCAUGGAAUGCAGAAGUAUCUUUGCAAAAUCAGGGAAGUAUAGCAAACAGAAAAGGCGUGCUUCAUCUGCCUCUGCAAAUUCAAAUGGAACACCUUGUUUGCUGGACGAGCCACCCCCAAAGUCACCUCGGCAGUCAUCUGGAUCUCCACGCAGAUUUCUACUCCAAUCACCAAAGAUGAUGUGCCAGAACUUGUCACCUUGCUCACACCUAGAGCAGCCAGCAUCCAACAGAGUGACAGUGUCCCCAUCUCCAGUGAUGUCAAACUGGAACUGGUCCCUGAGGCACAAGUAUUUAAGUCAGCAAAGAAAGGAAGUUUGUAAUAUACUGAAGGAGUUAAAGGUACAAGUUCAAACAAAAACAACAAGACUUAACAUCAAUGCAGAAAAUAUUUGGAGUAGUGCUUUAAAAGGAUUUAGACAGCGCAUCUUCAGUCCUACAAACACUAUUGAAGUAAAUUUCUCAAACUGCAAAAAUAGAUCGAAGACAAAUACUUCUUCUGCAUCAAAACACCAUUUCUUCCAAGUAUUAAUGCUUCACCUUCAGAAUUCAUCAUUGUUUGAGGGCUCUUUUGGAAAGAACUUGUCCCUUGAUUUUCAAGCUUUAAAAGAAAAUCUUUAUUUUGAAGCUGGUAAAAUGAUUGCCGUUUCUCUGGUUCAUGGUGGUCCACCUCCUGGUUUCUUUUCCAAAACACUGUUCAAAUGUCUUGUCUAUGGUCCAGAGAACGUGAAGCCAGUUUUGGAAGAUGUUGCUGAUGUUGAUGUAGCACAAACAAUAAAAACGAUAAAAUUUGCAAAUAGUCUGUCCAGCCUACAGUCUACACUACAAGACUGCUGUGAAUUCCUCACUGCUGCUGGCUGUUUAAGACCUGUAACAGCUUUGUGUGAUAAGAACAUGCUGGUGAAUGACAUACUGAUCUAUCAUGUAAUCAAGAGAAUUACUUUGCCCCUAGAAAGUUUUAGGCAGGGUUUGAAAACGCUUGGUGUUCUGGAGAAAAUGCAAACGCACCCAGGUGUGUUCUCUAGCAUAUUCUGCUACAAACCUGAAAGACUUUCAGCGGAAACUGUUUACAAUCUCUUUACAAUCCAUUCCUCAUCAGAUGUAAAUCAAGUUGAAGGUGCUGAUUUUUGGAUGGGCUAUUUGCAAGAUGUGGAAAGUGGUGACUCUGUAGUGACAUUGGAGGAUAUUCUGCUCUUUGUAACAGGCUCCUCUUAUAUACCAGCCAUAGGUUUUGAUCCUGAACCUACUAUUAAAUUUUUACGUAUAAGGUAUCCCAAUGGAAACAGACUUCUUAAUUGCUUAGAGCUUCCUAGAACAAAGACGUAUCAGCAGUUCAAAAAUAAAAUGGAGCUCACCAUCAGAAACACACUAAGAGUUGAAAGGGAGUAAGUAUUUUUGCUAUUAAACUGAACGUUGGAAACUUGAGUUUUCUGCAGGAACAUCUUCUUUCAGUUUGCUACUGUAUUUUUGGACAUGCUUUUAGUAUUUUCUGACCUUUCCUCCAAAAUUAUGCUAAAAGUUUUUAUGAGAUGGAAAACAAUUUUCAAAUUAAAAAAAGCCUUUAUCCCCUGAAUAGUUUUCGUUUUGAAGUUGACCUUCAGAGUCCUGCAUCUCUUGCAGAAGUAGUUUAAAUGUCAGCUUUUGCUGUAGACGGGUAUGAAAAACACACUCUGUAACAGGUAAGUAUGUGGAUUGUAUCAAAUACUUAGGUAACUUAUUUGUCAAAAACAAACCAAGUACAUUUUGAAGAUAAUUGCUGUAGAGCAUUGUCUUGCAUAAAACUGUGAUGCAAUUCUUCAGUUCUAUAUAUAGUUUUUCAGUAAUUGUUUUGUAUUGAUUCAUUUAUGUUCUUAUGGUUCAUAAAAACCUAGGAAAAUUAAAAUAAUUGUAGUUUUAUGGUCAUUGUGGCUAGUGCACUGAAGAUCUGGAGAAAACAGCUAAAAUAAUACAGUGUAAGAACAAAAUUUGAUUGAACUUGUGUCUCUGUGUUUAAACAAGAUCUUUGACAUUUGCACAUUUCUGCAUUCUACUGUCAUACAUUAAUUUUCAAUUACUCAUAGGGCCAAAAUAGUAAAAACCAGAAUGAAAUCUUGAACAUGCAGCAGUACCUGGUCUUUCAAAGUGAAAUUUAGGAGUUAGACUUAAUGUUUUAAAGUAUGAAAGAACAAAAGUUUGUUGCUCGUUAGAGCAUAUAAACUUGUCCUCCAUUUAAGUAUUUUAAUUCGACCAUGCACUAAAACUCUUUGUUAAACUAAAGGCAGUCUACCAUCAAGUUUGUCUGGGCCAGAUGCUUUUCUAGCUUUUAUUCUAAAUUCUUCCAGUUCAGUCAUAGGCACAUUCUGAGCACUGUAUAAAAUAUAUUUCAGUGCUGCAGGAAUUUGUGCAAAUGGCUGGGCCAUUAAGCUGUAAAAUAUAAGUAGUGAAAUUCCUAUACAGCAAUACUUAAUUGUGACUAAUGCUAAAACUAUGACAUUGAAAGGACAUUUAAAUACAUUAUUUUUAAAUGUAUGCUGCUCUCUGUUUUGAAAUUAUACUAUUUCCCUCUGUUUUGACUGCCUGUGCUAUAUGUCUUUAACAUAAGCUGUGCUAUACAUGUAAUAUAGAUACAUAUGUAUCUGUAUGUGUCUAUAUGUAUGCACAUUAUUCAAAAUACUGGAAAAUAAUUAUAUACUUUUUUAUUAAUAUAGCUUGAUUUGAAUUGAAAAUAUAAGGAGGAUUGCUUUACGUUUGAAUUCUUUGUCAAGGAAGUACAUCCACAGUAAUUAUAAAUGGAUAGGUGCUUCUGAAAAAAUAAUAGAAAGUCUAAGAAAAUCCUUGCAAAUCUUAGAUCAGACAUUUUUCAUUACUAAUGCCUAAAACAAUCUAAUCUCAUCAGUCUUAUCAUUUGGCCAAAAGCAUAUUCAAGUCUCCUUUAAAAGAAACAUAUCAUCCGUUGGAGAAUGUAAUUUGGCUUGUUUAUAUACUAAGCAUUUUCUCAGUGUCUUCUCCAAUAAUAUUCUGUGUUUCUGAUCUUUGCAUAAUUUUUGACUCUCAUUAUGUCAAUAAAUUCUUUGUGUUCUUAGCCUUCCCAAUGGUCUGCUACCAUUACAGGGAGAGUGAUUUGGCACAAAUUUGUUUACAUAAUAAAGAUUCAUGUUGUGUGAUUGUAUUUUUCAAAUAUAAUUACUUUCCUGCAAAUAUCGUAUUAUACUUCAAAAAUGAGUGCAGUAUUUGUUUUUCUUGCCUAGAUAAUGAUGAAUAUGUUCUCUAAUGUUAUUCUUCCAUCUGAGAAGUACAGAUUUUACAAAAGUAGCAAGCAGAAUGUGAGUAAUUUUAAAGGACGAGAACUUUUGGUACCUGCAGUGGCAAGAGCAAUUGUUCAGAACCUGGAACUAAAUAAACAGCGUUUUAAAACCUUCAGUGGGGAAAGAAAUAAUGAAACAUUGUGAACAUAAGGCUUCAAAACAUACCUGAGAUUACAAAAAUAGAGUUCACACCUUUUAUUGCUUAUAACUUUUGAACUCAGGGGUUAAAAGGCUUUUAUAUAAAAGGCAGAACUAACCUAUAUGCCAGGUGUAAAAAGUGUCAACUUUAAAAUGAUCUGCUGUACAAUGCUAUAUCCAAACCCUGAAUUUGUAAAAUCAGUAAAAUCAUAGUAUGUAAUACUGCCUGAAAGGGUUUUUCUUGCACUGAUUUUGUUCCCAUUGUCUGAUACUGACACGUACCCAUUCAGGACAAGUUGUCUUUCCCUUUUCUAUCUAUUUGAUCAGCUCUAUCUAGACACUCCAAUAUAAUACUUCAUAUAUUAAAGUGGUAUUCCUGAAUGCUGCUAUGGAAAGGAAUUUCCUCAUUUUCAGCAUUUAUAUAGACCAGUCAUAAAUUUAUUUGAACUGUUCAUUAGAAUUCCAUUGAAUAAGCUAACUUCCAAACACAGAAUUGUAUCCCUUGUCUUGACAUUGUACAAACAAUUUAUAUAGUUAUAAGGACCCUAGGUUUUUUAUUGUUGUAGCAGAUCACUGACGUGCAAUAUUAUGGGGUAGUUUUCAUUUUACAUAAGCAUAGCCUGAGGCACACCUUGAAAUUAGGGAGGCUACUUACUUUCAGUAUUUCUGUAACACAGGGAGAAUAAUUGUGUAUGCAUCAAUGUAUAAAAUAUAUUACAGACACUCUUUCUUUUAUAAGAUUUGUCAGCACCAUGAAAGAACUAUUGCAGUCCUUUUUGUGUUUGGCCAAAGAACUUCACCCCACAGUUUCUGCAUCAAACCCUUAGUUUCCAUCUGGAAUUAGCACAUCAGAUAAGCUAUUUGUUUUCUAGAGUGAUAAUUUUCUACUAAACGGUAAUAUAGUCUCAGUGGGUUUAGUAUGGACUCCUUAAUAAUGUAGAUAGAAUUAAAAAACCACCAUCAAGUAUUUUAGCUCUAUGUUUGAAAAACCAAGGAAUAAGAAAUCUGUGACUUGCUUUUUUUGCCCAUUCAGAGGAUGCUUACCAGAAAAAGUUGUUAGGUUUUUUAAUUGAAUGAAGAGUGAAAUAUAGCUCAAAGGAGAAAAAAUUUCUUCAUACUACAAGUCUAAACCAUUGUGUGCUGCACCUUUGAUUAUCUUCAUUAAGAUGUUAUGUCCUGGAAUUUGAAAACAUGAGAAUUUUUGAAUUAAUUCACACUCACAUUCUGUAUAAGAAAAAAUAUCUAAUUUAAAUAGAAUUGCAACUUAGAAGCCUACAAAAUAUACCUUUCAAGUAUAUUUUGAAUCUGUUUUAUAUGGUAAAACAUUUUAAAGCUCAAACUUUUCUGUUUCUUACCUAAGGGAAUAUCUAAUAGGAAACAAAAAAAUAAAAAUGUGAAAACUUUUGACGUGUCAAAUCAUAUGUAUACAGAAAAUAAUUUUCAAAAUGUUAGUGUUUGUAAAAAAACUAUAACCAACCCUCUGAUUUUUGUAUUACAUAAACGUUAUUUUUAAAGUUAUGGUAUUUAGAAUGUUAUGCAAUACACUGUAAUUUUGUAAAUUUUUUUAGCUCUAACUUGAACUUUGCAGGAUCAGUGCCUAAACUCUGUUGCAUCUUCAAGCGAUGUUUUGUAGCAUCAGUGUUGAAUAAUCAGUAAUUGUGGGAAAUACCUUGUAUAUGUCCAAAGUGCAAUAAAAGGUUCAAUAUAUA